AACAGCCUUAUCAAUCCUCCAGGAAGUAAGAAAGAAAGCAAAGAAAAGAAAGAGAAAAGAAGAGAAAGAGAGAGAGAGAGAGAGAGAUGGGUUCUCUUCCUCAUGUUGUUGAAGACUGCUUCGGCCUCCUCAAGCUCUACAGUGAUGGCUCCAUCUCUCGUAAUCCUGAAAUCCCAUCCGCCACUCCUCUUCUCAAUGAUGCUUCAGUCCUUUACAAAGAUUUUCUUUUCGACUCGAAAGAAAACCUUCACCUUCGACUAUAUAAACCCACCAGCUCCACUACUGAUGCGAAGCUUCCAAUCCUCUUCUAUUUUCAUGGUGGAGGCUUUUGUUUCGGUUCCCGUUCGUUUCCACAUUUUCAUAACCUUUCUAUUCGCCUGGCUGCCGCGUUUAACAUGCUCGUCAUCGCACCAGAUCACCGGCUAGCCCCCGAGAACCGGCUUCCCGCGGCCGUGGAUGAUGCAUGCCAAGCCCUCAAGUGGCUGCAGGGCCAAGCCAUGCAUGGGAAUGAUGAGGAUAUGGAUACGUUGUUGACUGGUGUUGACUUUGACCGGGUCUUUGUUUUAGGUGACUCAUCUGGGGGCAACUUGGCUCACCAUUUGGCGGUUAGGUUCAAGGCUGGCUCGAUCGAGUUGGCACCGGUUAGGGUUCGAGGGUAUGUGCUGCUGGCUCCAUUUUUUGGUGGGAUUGUGAGAACAAGGAGUGAGGAGGAGCGGCCUUGUGAAGCAUUUUGGAAUUUGGAGAUGUAUGAAAGGUUUUGGAGGCUUUCGAUUCCAGCUGGAAGUACCUUGGAUCAUCCCUUGGUGAACCCUUUCGGACCUUCUGGUCAAAACCUUGCGGAGGUGCCAUUGGAUCCAAUUUUGGUGGUGGUGGGUGGGGGUGAAAUAUUGAGGGAUAGGGUGGAGGACUAUGCUACAAGGUUGAAACACUUGGGGAAGAAGACUGAAUUUGUGGAGUUCGAAGGACAGCAACAUGGUUUUCUCACUGAUCAUCCGUUCUCUGAAGUGGCAGAAAAAGUAAUACAACGUAUAAGAGAUUUCAUUUUAGAGAACUCAAAUUAACGAUUUAUGGAUACAUAUAUAUAACAAUUAUAUAUGCCUUCACGGUAUAAUGAAUUUAUAUAUGUAUAUAUA